AAUUAACGCAUGGAAGAAUGUUGUCGAAUGUGAGAAUAAAUAGAAUGUGGAGUGUAUCGACAUGAAUACAAACUUUAGUAUCGAUAGGUAGCAGCUUAUUGCCAUCGAUUCGCUUCGACUUGCUGUAGCUACUGUGGGCGAGAGGAGGGAGGAAUGCCAGUAGUCUUGCACGCGCCCCUCGUGUCAAGUUCAGAGAAAGCAAGAGUCUUCUCCCUUCGUGGAGAGUUUUAGUACGAGGAUUUCUAGUCUUCGCGCCGACUGGUCUCACCCCUGGAGUCUCCUCCUUCAGCAUGUUUACCUUCAGGAAGCCCAUCCUGAAGGCUGUCAGGAUGGACGAAAGGAUUAAGAACAAAAGAGCCUGCAAGGAAUGUUCCAUCUGCAAUGAACCCUUCGACACCAAACGGCACUGUCCCAGGCUACUCCCUUGUUCCCACUGCCUGUGCUCCUUCUGCAUAUCGGAGGUGAUGUGGACGAGCAAGGCCUGCCCAUUCUGCCGGGCCGAUUUCCAUGACAAGGCUGCAAACGACUUUCCCAAGAACAGGAACCUCAUGGAAAUCCUGCAGUACGUGUCGAUGCUGGAGGCCAUGGUCUCUCUGCCGAACCGCGGGAAGAACACUGUGUCCUUCACCAGGUGGAGAGAAGACUUUAGAAAGGACGUGAAAAGGGAGAGCCUUCCCAAGAGCGAAAAUGCCAAGGCCAAGAUAGAAGAUAACAUGAAAUUCAAUUCCAGGCUGAUGGAAGGCAUGAUGGCCCAGAAUGAGAAGAUCACCAAUGAGGCCAUACCUAAGCUCAGGGCCAUACAGGAGAAAAACACCAGCAAGGUAGAAUACCUGGCUCUGGAAAACGAUAAGCUGCAAGGGCAGCUGGACGUCAUCCUGCAGAAGGAAAAGGACAUGAAAGAUGCCGACGACGGCCUUGAAGCAGCGAAGAACUUCACGGAGGCGGCUCCGUUCCUCGACUUGUUUGAGGAUACUGACAAGGAGCUGCAAGAUCUGGAAGAGGACGUGAACGACUUUCUGUCGAGGGAUAAGGGAGUGAGUCGCACCAUUAGCGAGACCUUUCAUAAGACGGAGGGGAAGAUCAACGCCUUCCUGGUAGUCAUAGGAUUCCUCGAGAAGGAGCCUGACAUCGACUUGUGCCCUGGAAAGGUGUUCGUAACGAUGCAACAUGGGCCACAGCACCUCACAGUUGACGACCUUAGAACCAUGGAACGGCCGGUAAGACGUAGGGUGCUCCAGGAAAAGGUAUUCACCGUAGACAAAAGCAUGGAGCGACGCGCAUUGGUUUCUCUGACCGACGAUGACAGGAUCUGUUUACAAUACGUGACAGAGGGACCUUUGCCGCCAAACUCCUGCGUUGUCAGUCAUGAGGACAUUAUGGAGGCUGCGGAAACCCCGGAGCCGUUGUCAUUCCUCGAGAUUGGAGCUGAGGGAAAAUCACUAGGCCGACUCUUCAUUCGUCUGUCUCCGAGCAACAAGACAGCGAGUACCUUUCCUCUGUUUCGCACUGGUGACAAGGAAUGUCAGUUUCUUGAUGCGAGCGUCAUAGAAGUGCUAAACAAAGGUGACUCGGAUGAAGAACGGGUACUUUUUAAGGUCACCAACUGGAAAGACUGGCCGGGUUUGAAUGCCUUGCAGACCGAAGAGCAAGAUGUACCCGAGUUACCAUCUGGUGCAGGUUUGGUAGAAGCUGUUGAGUCUGAAGGAGAGGGUCUCCAUUUCACCAUCAAAACAGGAGAAACUUCGAGCACCUGCUCCAGUGGUAAGUAUAUUGGGAAAAUUGAAGAAGGUCUUAGCGUGUUGUUAACGGCCAUAUCCGAACAUGAAGAUGUGACUAAAGUUUCUAUCACGGUCUGUGGCAUUAUCCUGCCUAUACAGAUCGAAAAAUGCCAUUCAGACGCAGCAGAAGUGAUCUGUGAUUAAUGAGCCAUUCUCAAGAUAGAAAAAUGUCUCUCAUCUCCUAGGCUUUACGAAGAAAAUAGUGGAGGCAGCCCCAUAAGUAGUUAUCACGUGUGAAAUUAGCUAUGCAGACGUCUCCUUUUAAAGGCUGUGGCUCCAGAAGGUGGACCUUUUUGAUUUCUGACUUAUAUUUUAGAAUGAGGUCGCUAACUCAAUUGCUCUGCUCCUGACUCAGCCUUGACUCACCACACUCAGCUCACUACCAGAUACACAAUUCACUAUUUGGUUAAACAGGAUCUGGGUACUCUCAAUAAAAUUGUGAGUGAAA